AUUUUCUCCCACUGCCAAGGUUAUAAAAGGCCCCCAGCUCAGACAAGGUCAGUGGACAAGUCUGGCUGUUUUUCAAGAGGUGGCUUAGCCAAGCUACACUUCACCAAGCCAGACUAGAAAGUGAGCAAAGAAGACGAAACAAGGAGAGAAAGAUCAGGUGAACACAGAUAAGCAAAUAAGGUUACAAAGCCAAGCAAGACAAGGAAGAAAAGAUCCAGACAAACCAAUUAAGAAAAGAAAGAAAACCAAACAAGCCAAACCAAGGAAGGAAAAAUUCAGACAAGCUACGCAAGUGUUGCUGGAACAGCAGAAGUCUGCAACAUGUCUGAGACUGAGUCUGAGUCUGAGUCUGAGCACUCUGGUGAGACCUCAAACGCAAAGGAGGCUAAGGCCAAAAUCACCCGCUCGUCCCGGGCUGGGCUGCUGUUCUCUGUCAGUCGCAUAGACAGACUGCUCCGCAAAGGACAGUUUGCAGACCGUGUUGGAGCUGGAGCCCCAGUAUAUAUGGCCGCGGUGCUUCAAUACCUGACUCACGAGAUUGUGGAUAUUGCUGGGGAAGUCGCUGCACGCAGCAAGAAGCGUCGGAUUUCCCCACGGCACUUGCAGCUGGCCAUCCACAGCGACUCAGAGCUCAAGAAACUGCUGGGAGGUGUCACCAUCUCUCAGGGCGGGGUCCUGCCCUUAAAUCAGCCUGUGGUUUCACCUUCCAAGAAGAGGAAUGGCAGGAGAGCCAUCAAGAGAAGGAUUGCCCCUGCUCCUGUCCCUGUUAAAUGAGAACAGAGCAAAGGGGAGACUGCCACCCCAGAUUUGCGAGAAAUGACAUUAACUUGAUUGCAAGGCUCUUUUCAAAUGCACCAGUAUGGUCUAAUAAAAGCAGUUAAAAUGCCA